AAGUCUCCUCUUACUCUCUUUCAGGCCAAGUUUCCAGCUCUGAGAAGUCGAAAUCGUUUGCAUUUUCCAUCCUUUUUCAGACGUUUCUGCUCUCAUCUUUCUAAAUUCACAAACUUCUCUCUCUCUCUCUCUCUCUCUGUCUCGUUUAUUAUUUUUUUGAGCUGACACAUGACCGUUCCUUCUGUCAUACUAAAUACACUUGCUCCUCUCAGACCCAUUCAAACGCUCUCCUGUCCAAAUUAACGACUCUCUCUCUCUCUCUCUCAGAUUUGAUUUUUCCUCAACACGAAUAAACAUAGCAACCAUCCACACCAGCCAUAGAUCAGCUGAUGACCACUGAAGAAAAAAAUGGAUUCGAACAUGACGCCUUCUUUGUCAAUAUAUUCAAUACUACACCGCCGGUCUCUGUUUACGCUGUAGAGGUGCUUUGUCCGACAUAGUAGUAAUCUUACUACUCAGAUUGCGCCACAUUUAGAAAGGAUUCCUUCCCAGCGUUGAACUUCUUGUCUUAAUGUUGAGUAACGUGUUGAUAAUUUCAUACGUGUUUUCAGUGUCUGGUGGAUACAGCUCUAUCAUUCACUUCUCAGUUUACGCUUAACUUAUCCUUAGACUUGAAGAAUGCAGAAGAAACAAAGUCCCGGAUUUCAAAGUGUGAUGCUCUCAUUAUAUCAUAUGGAACUCUUGCCUCAGACUUUUGUGAAACUCUACUCGUAUCAAAAGGAUGCAUAGAAUGUGGAUCAAUUAAAGUGGAAAAGUCCAUGGAAGUUGACGACACUAGUGAUUUUCGUCCUCGGAAACUCAAAUCUUCAACUCUUUCCAUUAUACAAGACUCUGUAUUAGUGUGUAAUGUUAGUCAGGAUGUAACAGCAGUUAUGGCCAACAGAUUUGCUGAGAUAAUACUUGACCUUGUGUCACCAAGUUGUAAGGUUAUGGUUCUAUCCUCCCAUCACUAUGGUCAGCUACAAGGGAACUAUAAUCCCAUGAAUGAUACCAGCUGCAUUGUUCAUUCACUCAUCUCACCAGCAUAUACUCAUCCACCAGCGUUUCCACAGUUACCACAGCCUGCAACACUAGACUCAUUACCUGCAGCUGUGCUGACUGAAUGCAUUGUGAAGAAAAGACCUUGUGUGGCUUAUCCUGUAUUCACAGAAACUUAUUCUACUAGUGACUUAGACUUGGUUAUUGAUUCUUUAAUGAAAGCAUUCCGUUGUAAUCCUUUUAAAAGUAUCCUGCCUUCUGUAGACCAAAGUAAACUGCAUCAGUAUAGAGAAAAAAAUUCACGCAAGGAUGUAUUGUAUAGGUACAUGUGAUUUCAAGUCUGAAAUGCUGGAAAGUUAUUCUCUGUUUCCUUAUCUACAUUACAAAUAAAAUUUGAAAUGUACAGAA